AUGAAGUGGUUGCUCAUUGCACUAGCUUGCAUUCAGCUCUCUGAAUGUUUAAUCAGAGUGAAAUUAUUUAAGGGUAAAUCUGUCCGCAAUAUCUUGUCGGAACGUGGUUUACUUGAGGAUUUCCUAAAGAAACACCCAUACAAUCCCCUUUCCAAGUACCGUGGGCCAUCCCAGCAGGACUCAUCAGGGUCAACAGAGCCACUAUUGAACUACCUGGAUCUGUCAUACUAUGGAACAAUCAGCAUCGGGACUCCACCUCAGAGUUUCCUUGUCGUCUUUGAUACUGGCUCUUCAAACCUUUGGGUCCCAUCGGGUUACUGCUCUAGUCCAGCAUGUCGUGAUCAUCGCAAGUUUAAUCCACAAGCGUCCUCAACAUUUCGCAUUUCAAACAAGUACCUGGCAAUCCAAUAUGGUACAGGCAGCAUGACUGGUGUACUGGGAUAUGACACUGUCAGAGUAUCCAACAUUGAUAUCACCCACCAAGAAUUUGGUUUAAGCAUCACUGAGCCUGGCAGUUUUCUUUAUUAUGCUGAAUUUGAUGGAGUUCUGGGAUUGGGAUAUCCAAAUCUUGCCUAUGGGGGUGCCACAACUGUUUUCGAAAACAUGAUGUCUGAGCAUCUGCUGGAGCAACCUAUGUUUGCUUUUUAUCUGACCAGACAGGAUGGUGAGUCAGGAAGUGAAGUUGUAUUUGGUGGAUUUGAUCCAAACCAUUACACAGGUAACAUCAACUGGGUUCCUGUCACUGUGGAAGAAUACUGGCAAAUCCUUGUGGACAGUGUGAAGGUCAACGGCCAGGUAGUGGCUUGUGAAAACGGUUGUCAGGCCUUUGUCGAUACUGGCACCUCUCUGAUUAUUGGCCCUGUCUCACCGAUCCAGAGAAUUCAGCACGAGAUUGGUGCAGAAGCACAACUUUAUUCUGUGCUUGGUGUGAACUGUCGUAACCUUCCCACCAUGCCCUAUGUGACGUUCACCAUCAAUGGAAUUGACUACCACCUUUCUCCUGACCAAUAUGUGCUCCAGAACAAUUACAAUGGCUACAAAUAUUGUGAAAGCGGAUUUAGCACGAUGGCUCUUUCUAAUUCUGAAGACCUCUGGAUUCUUGGAGAUGUCUUCAUUGGAGUCUACUAUUCCAUUUUUGAUCGAGGAAAUAACCGAAUGGGCUUUGCCCGGGCUGUCUAAUUUGUUCAUUCAUGGCUUUGUUUAAAUUGCUUCCUCGACCUCU